AUGGUGCUUACCCCUAUUGGUAGUGGGUUUGGAGGUGUUGGAUUGGAUCCAGAGAGGAGAUCACCCUUAUCAGUGGUGGGCACAGAAGUGUUCGAUCAGAUCCAGAGAGGAGAUCACCGUUAUCGGGGGGUUUAUAACCCACACAACUGUCUGAAUAUGUGGCUCAUCUUGAUUCUUGUAAGCUUUGCCACUUCUACCUCCUGCCAACCUUACCCCCCAUUCACCAAUGCCUGCCGGCCUGCCAAGAAGGCAGAAUGUGAUAAAGUCCAUGCUGUCCCUGGUCACAAUCUUAUCGGCCAAGGCUUUGACAUUGUGACCAUGAAGAAGACAAGGGCUCACCUGCUGGAUCUCCAGAAGUCUUCUACAAAGGAUGGCGGCUGCACUGUCUGUCUCAACCCACACAUGAACAAAGCCUGGCAGAAGCUUCCGGUCGCGAUGAUGGACUGGAAGACCCAGUCACAGUGUUCUCGGAAAAUCAGAGUUCAGGUCUUCCAAUCUUCUACAUCGCUGGCUGAGGAAGCUGCAUCAGAGGUGAAGAAUGAUUGGGAAGCUGGUCUAGAACUUCAGCACAACGGGGUGAAUGCCAAGCUAGUAAUGGCUGGUUCCCAGUCCCAGGUGGCAGAGUUUGGACGAAAAAAGACCAGCACAGACCGUUACACCUUCAUCAGGCACCAUCUGAGUUGUGUCUAUUACAGCUUCCGGCUUUCACACCUCCCUCUUCUAAACAAAGAUCUGAGACAGGCCUUGAAAUCUUUGCCACCAACUUAUGAUGCCAAGACUCGAGCUAUCUACAGAAAUCUAAUUAGCAUCUACGGGACUCACUAUAUCAAACAAGCAGAUGUAGGCGGACAAGUGGUAGAGGUCAACUCCAUCAAGACCUGCCAAGCCUCCAUGGAUGGCCUGUCCACGGAUGAGCUGAAUUAUUGUCUUAACAUUGAGGCCUCGCUCGCUGUCACUGGGAAAGCUAAAACAAGCGCCAAAGCUAAAGCCUGCAAGGAACUAAGCCAAAAAUCCAACAAGGGGGAGAGUUUCCACCAGACGUUCAAUGAGAGAACUCGGGAGGUAAGAGGAGGAAAUAUCUCUUCUGAGCUGAUCUCCUUUGAUGUCAACAAUGGAGAUGGCGCAUCUUUUGAGACCUGGAUGGAAAGCCUAAAAACUGACCCUGAUAUUGUAACCUACUCUCUGGAGCCCAUCCACAACCUGGUUCGAUACAGUGGACCUCAGGGAGUGAACCUACGGAAAGCCAUCAGUGAAUAUAUCAUGGAGAAGGCUUUGAGUAAGAACUGCUCAUGCCCAGGGGGUUCACAGCUAAGUCCCGGUAAAGAGUGCAACUGCGUUUGUCCUCAUGGUCAAGGUAAAAAUAUAAACUGUUGCCCCUCAAAGAGGGGACUUGCCAAAGUGGUGGUCACUGUAAAAAGUGCUUCAGGCCUGUGGGGUGACCACUACCCUAUGAAGACUGAUGGCUAUGUAAUCGUAAGUGUUGGGUUGGUUUCUGCUCGCACACAGACCAUAUUGGGCAAUGACAAUCCAAACUGGGACACAAGACUGGACCUCGGGCUUUUGAAACUCAGUUCAGUGACUAACUUCAAGCUGGAAGUUUGGGAUGAUGAUAUUGGAGAUGAUGAUCUGCUUGGAACAUGUAAAAAAUCAAUCGUCAGUGGAGAGAAGGAUGAGGUUUGUUACCUUAAACAUGGCAGUGUGACCUUUACAGUGAGUGCACAAUGCGUUCCUCACCUGACUGGGCCCCUCUGUAGAGAUUACGCUCCUUCCCCCAGUUAG